AUGGAGAAGCACAUGGCGCAAACUCUGAUCGAGAUCGACAGCCGGAUCCCUGACGCCCUCCGCGUCGCCUUCGGCAUAUGCCGCCCCUCGUGUCCAGCGAUUUUGCGCGGCCAACAGGACGAGGCAGCCAACUUCGCCGCCGUCCUGCUCGCGCCGCGCGACGACGCCGGCGCCAGCGACCCCAUGGACUACGACGAGGCAGAGCCGGAGGGAGACCUGGGGAUGAUGUUCGCGUCGUCCUACAUAAAGGAUCACGACGAGGACGCUCACUUCGGGCACGCCGAGGCCGGCGUCGUUGGCGUGGCCGACGGCGUUGGCGGGUACCGCAAGAAGGGCGUCGACGCGUCGGCGUUCUCCCGCGCAAUCAUGCACAACGCCUACGCGGAGGUGGCGACCGCCGUGCCCGGCACGCGCAUCUGCCCCCGCGCGCUGCUGGAGCGAGCGCACCAGAUGACGGCCGCGAAGCACACGCCCGCCGCGUCCACGGCGGCCAUCGUCUCCCUCGCCGGCCGGACCCUCAAGUGGGCGUACGUCGGCGACAGCGGGUUCGUGGUGAUCCGCGACGGCAGGAUCCUGCUUCGGUCGCGGCCGCAGCAGCACUACUUCAACUGCCCCUACCAGCUCAGCUCAAAUCAGGACUGCAACAGGCUCGCCGACGCGGACGUCGGCGAGGUCGCGGCGAAGGAAGGCGACAUUGUGAUUCUGGGCACGGACGGGUUGUUUGACAACGUGUUUGACGACGAAAUCGAGCGCAUCGUGCGGAUGGGCACGGCGUUGGGGUUCGCGCCCGAGAACAUGGCGGAGGUCAUGGCGGGCUUCGCUUGCGAGGCUGCGAGCUGCGACGACAGAGACACGCCGUACAGCUCCUUGGCCUGCCGGACACAGCCAGGGAAUGCUUACUUCACGGGCGGGAAGCCGGAUGACAUCACUGUAGUCGUCGUCUACAUUGUAUCAUGCCCUGUCCGAUCUCAAAUAUAG